AUUUCACAGGCUGCUGGAGCCAGAGUAUCCCUCUGUUCACCAAGGCGCGGACGGGGGUGACGCUGCCGUGCUCGGGCCUGACCGGCCUGGACCGGUCGCGCGUCUCGGAACUCACCUGGCUCUGCUACGGCUGCAUGGAGAGCAUCAUCGUGUCGGCCGAGGCGGCCAUCGAGACGCGCCUGUUGCACUGGCAGGGCGGCGUCACCACCGUAUUCCACAAGCACGGCCGCGUGCGCCUGCUGGACGACUCGCUGUCGCUGCAGUACGAGCCCGUCAAGGUGGAGGAUAGUGGGGAGUACGUCUGCCAGGUGAACGGCAGGGUCGACGCAGGAGGACUCAUCAGACUCGUCGUGCAAGACGUGCCGUCAAGCCCGGCGCGGCCGCUCAUCACCAACUUCACGUCUCGCUCUGUGUUCCUCUCCUGGCGGCCUGGCAGCAAGCCCAACAACAGCCCCAUCAAACACUACGUCAUACACGUCAAAGAGGGAGAGGAGGGCGACUGGUCGGAGGAGCCCAUCAUCACUCCGGACAACAUGACGUCGUUCGUCAUCUCGGACCUGCAGCCGUACACGGCCUACAGCUUCAGACUGGAGGCCGUCAACGGCAUCGGCAGCUCCGAGAGCGGCAUCGCCUCCUUCCCCAUCAUCACACUCCGAGAAGCACCCGGCGGCAAGCCCGUGAUUCUGGCAGCGCACAACACCAGUGCCACUGCCGUCCGGGUCCGCUGGAGACCGCUACCCCAACGCGAGCUCCGCGGAGAGUUCCAGGCCUACAAGAUCACCUACAAGGAGAGAAACAACACCAACUCGCCCAUCAAGGAGCUCAAGAUCACCGAGGAAACCGUACAGACUCACACCAUCACCGGUCUGCGUCCGUACACGCAAUACAUCAUCUCCAUACAGGUGGAGAACCCGGCCGGACUGGGACCCAGCUCUACGGUGGUGGUGACCACGGACGAGGGAGUUCCGGAGGCGCCGCGAAACGUCAGCAUCCUGAACGUGACGGAUACGACGGUGACCAUCUCCUGGCUGCCUCCGGUCAACCCCAACGGCCUCAUCGAGGGCUACCGCAUCUACUUCACCACCGGCGACUUCACCAACGCCACCUGGAUCAAACUGCCCGUCGAGCGCAUGCAGCACACUCUCACUGAUCUGGCUCCGUUCUCCAACUACUCCAUAUCGGUGAAGGCGUUCACGCGCAGUGUGGAGGGCCGCGAGUCGGUCUCUGUCGCCGUCACCACGGACGUCUCGCCACCGUCGCCGCCGCGACUCAGCUCGGUCACAUGUCAGGCGGACGCAGGCCUGCUGCUGCGCUGGCGACGACCGCGGGUCUUCAGCGGCGGCAUCGACUACUACGUGGUCAGCUACAGCAGGACGGACGGCGAGCUGCAGGGGCCCGUCACCGACCUGCAGGUCACCACCGAUACUGCCGACGAGGAGAGCAGGUUUCUGCUGCCGAAUCUGACCGCCGAGGCUGUGUACGAGGUGCGGCUGCGAGCGGCCACACGCUCUCUCCACCGGCCCUCUGCUCUGCUCCUCUCUCCCCUCUCGGCUCCUCUGACGGGCCGGCCACGGCGCCACUGCCGGCGCCGCGGCGACGGUGGCGCCACCUCUGACGUGUGGCGCCGUUUGGGGCGCGGCCAGGAGCUGGACCCGGGCGUCAUCGCCGGCAUCGUGUGCGCCAGCUGCGCCUUCCUGCUGGCGCUGCUGGCACUCGCCAUCUGGAGACGCUACUUCCAGUCUUCCUACUAUUACUUGGAUGACCCGGUGACCCCCCGGGUUGCUCUGACCUCCGAGCCGGCGUGGCAGCGGGACGGACCGAACGGCACGCAGGGUCCCAUCCCUGCCGACGCCUUCCCUGUGCACGUGGCCACGCUGCACGCCGAUGCCGACAUCGGGUUCUGCAAGGAGUAUGACGAGGUGCUGGAGCAUACCAUGAAGCUGGGGCUGUCCUCGGAGGUCUCACAGACUGAGGAGAACAAACUGAAGAACAGAUACCAGAACAUCGACGCAUACGAUCACACUCUGGUGCCUCUGCGACCCCUGCCGGGCCAGCGGCGAGGCGACUACAUCAACGCCAACUACAUAGAUGGAUACCUGGUCCGCAACCAGUACAUCGGCGCCCAGGGGCCCCUGACAGGCACCUUCGGCGCCUUCUGGCGACUCAUCUGGGAGCAGCGCGUCCAGAUCGUCGUCAUGAUCACCAACCUCGUCGAGAGGAACAGGAAAAAGUGCGACAUGUACUGGCCUAAGGAGGGUACAGAGGUGUACGGACCGAUUCAGGUGGAGCUUCUGGAUCAGCGGGAACUGGCUACAUACACCAUACGAAAGAUGCUCAUCAAGCACAUCAAGCACAAGAAGAAGAAGGGUGUGUCUGGCGAGCGUAUCAUCUACCAGUACCACUACACCAGCUGGCCGGACCACGGGGUGCCCGACCAUCCACUGCCCAUCCUCAGCUUCGUGAGGAAGUCGGCGGCGGCCAAUGGGGCCGGCGCGGGACCCAUCCUCGUCCACUGCAGCGCCGGUGUGGGCCGAACCGGCACUUACAUCGUGCUGGACGCCAUGAUGAACAUGUUGAAGCAGCGAGGCACCAUCAACGUAUUCGGCUUCCUGAAGCACAUCCGCACACAGCGCAACUUCCUGGUGCAGACGGAGGACCAGUACAUCUUCACACACGACGCACUGCUGGAGGCCCUGGAGGCAGGCGAGACGGACGUGCGAGCCACGCGGCUUACGGAGUACCUACAACAGCUGCGGUGCUACGAGCCGGGACAGUUCCCGCGCUACACGCUGGACCGGCAGUACCAGCUGGUGACCUCGUACCGUCCGACGGAGGUGGACCUGGCCCCGGCGCUGACCCCGUGUAACCAGGCGAGGAACCGGUGUGCCCAGUUUGUUCCCGUGGACCGGUGGAGGGUGCACCUGUCACCGAGACCCGGGAUCGAGGGCAGCGACUACAUCAACGCCACGCCACUCAUCGGCUACGAGAAGCUGUCCGAGUUUAUAAUCACUCAGCACCCGCUCCCGCACACGGUGGACGACUUCUGGAGGAUGGUCUGGGAGCAUAACGUGCAGACCGUGGUUGUUCUCUCUCCCAUCGAUGCCCAGCAUUUCCCCCGCUUCUGGCCAUCUCCCGACGACGACCUGGACGGAGAUAGCUUCCGGGUCCGCUUCGUCGACGAGCCGGCUCCGUCGGCAUCGGCGUUCGCUACCGUCGACCUGGUGCUUCAGUCGUGUCAGGACGACUACCAGGUGUCGGUGCGGGUAAUCUGCUGCCCCGAGUGGCCCCACACGGCCGCCGCAGGGUCGCCCCAUCACCUGAUCGAUGGCGUCCAGCAGGCAACGCUCAAGUACCAGAACGGACCCAUCGUCGUGGUCGACAGAUUUGGCGGCACCGAAGCGGCGACGUUCUGCUGCUUGACGACGUUGUCGAAGCAGCUGAUGAACGAGAACUCGAUCGACGUCUACCUGUACGCCAAGCUGUACCACAUGCGAAGGCCGGGCAUCUGGAGAACUCAGGACGACUUCACGAUGCUGUACCACGCCAUGGAGGGCCUGGUGCGUCCGACGCUGCCGCAGUCCCCCAGCAGUCAGUCUGAGGCGGAGUCCCUGCUGCGGCCGCGCAGUCUGCACAGCGGCACGAUGCGUGUGCCCCCCGACGGCCGCGAGUGCUACGUGCCUGCCGAGUGCGUCUGACAGGACCCGAACGCAGCGGGCCGCACCAAGGGAGGCCAGAGACGCGGACGAGAGUGGAGGAAACGGAGAGACGUUAGACUGGCAGAGUGCACGUGCCAAUGUGCCCCCGACUGCCCUGAGAGGGUCACACACUGCCCGGAGGUGUGCUCCGCCUGCCCUGCGGAAUGUCCUCCUCGAGUCACAGAGACCAGGGUGGCCAGGGGAGACGCUGUGUUUACUAAUUGUCCCGAGUGUGUUCGAUUAGGCGUGUGAUGUUCUUUGGUGCUUUGAUUUUGUGUAAGGGGGACCUUAUUGUGUGGGUCACCCAUCUAUGUACAUGUGGGAUCAAGACCCGAGGGUCUUCUGGAAAUGUACUCAUCUUCGUACAGCUUUGCUGAGAGACCAAGCCUAUCUCGUCUAUGGUACUUGUGUCGAAAAACUCUCCGGGGUUAUCCUUCAGUGAGUAGAUAGAUUUCUUAGAGACAAGCGUUCACUGCGUUUCCGAACGAGAGCUUAGUUUGAU